AUGGUGAAGCAACAGCAAGUUGCUUCUUCCAUGCUUGCAGCUGCUCUGCUCGUUGCAACGUUUGCGUCCAUUCCUACAAGCGUGCACUCCAUCGGCGUCUGCUACGGCAUGCUGGGCAACAACCUGCCGUCCAGCAGCGACGUGGUGCAGCUCUACAGGUCCAAGGGCAUCAACGGCAUGCGCAUCUACUCCCCCAACGCCAACGCGCUCAACGCCCUGCGCAACUCGGGCAUCGUCCUCAUGCUCGACACCGGCAACGACGAGUUUAGCCGGCUCGCGGGCAGCGCCUCGUACGCGGCGUCGUGGGUGCAGAGCAACGUGAAACCCUACUACCCCGCGGUGAACAUCAAGUACAUCGCCGUGGGCAACGAGGUGCAGGGCAGCGCCACGCAGAGCAUCCUCCCGGCGAUGCGGAACCUGGACGGCGCCCUGUCGCGCGCGGGGCUGUCGGGGAUCAAGUGCUCCACGUCGGUGCGCUUCGACGUGAUCGCCAACUCCUACCCGCCCUCAGCCGGCUCGUUCGCGCAAGGUUACAUGGCGGACGUGGCGCGGUACCUCGCCGGCACCGGCGCGCCGCUGCUGGCCAACGUGUACCCGUACUUCGCGUACCGGGACAACCCGCGCGACAUCAGCCUGGGCUACGCCACGUUCCAGCCGGGCACCACCGUCAGGGACAACGGCAACGGGCUCACUUACACCAACCUGUUCGACGCCAUGGUGGACGCCAUCGUCGCCGCGCUGGAGAAGGCCGGCGCCGGCGGGGUCAGGAUCGUCGUCUCCGAGAGCGGCUGGCCGUCGGCCGGCGGGUUCGGGGCAAGCGUGGACAACGCGCGGAACUACAACCAGGGGCUCAUCGACCACGUCGGGCGCGGCACGCCCAAGAGGCCCGGAACGCUGGAGACCUUCAUCUUCGCCAUGUUCAACGAGAACCAGAAGGACGGCGACCCCACGGAGAAGAACUUCGGGCUCUUCUACGGCAACAAGCAGCCCGUGUACCCGAUCCGCUUCAACUAA